UGGGAAACAUAACCGUUAUUUUAAGCUGUUUCCGUUUUUUUCAAUUUCAAUUCAAAAAAUACAAUUUACAAGAAGUUAUUUGUGUUUCUUAUUAAAAAACAAAGGGUAAAUAUAAAGUCGCAAUGAGGAGAUCAAGGAGUUCGUCAAAUAUUCCACUUUCUACGUUCAAAAGGAAUAUUUCAAAUGAAAAUCUUGGAAGUUCUCAACAAAGCUCUAGAACUUCACAAGGUUUGAGGAGAUCUAACAGUUCCAUCAAUCUUUUUUCCGCUCAAAAAUUGUUGGUUCCUUCGACCAGUUACAGAACUGAAGUUACGUCAAAUGAUGCUUUAACAUCGACUUCUAAUAGAAGAAUCACUGCAACUCCUUUGAGAUCUGUAGGAAGUGGAAGUGUGUGUCGUAGGAUCAAUGCAACUCCUCGUUCACAAAGUAAAACUGCUCCGUCUCCAUGUGUGCUACUCACAACCAGUAAAAUAAAUGAUAAAAAGUUCAGUUCUGAUCAAUUUAAGAAGAUUUGUGCAUUUGUUGGAGAACGAUCAGAAGACUUUGAUCCAAAAUCCUUGAAGCCAUUAACUCUAUCAUCCUUCGUACAAACAAUAUCUAUGCUGUUUAGAGAAUUGGAUCCAAGAAUAAAUAUUAAUAUGGCAAAUUAUAAAGAAGUUGUUUUCAAAUAUUUGAAGCUCUAUAAAUAUCCAGGUCCAGUUUCAAUGUCAUUACUUAAAUCAGUCAAUACUAAUCUUUCUUGGACACAGGUCAUGUCUAUUUUUGGUUGGCUUGUUGAUUUGAUACAUGAAACCUCAAAACCAGUGGGUAUGUUGGAACAGUAUAUAUUAGGUAGAGCUCAAACUGCUUUUCGACCAGGAUCUGAGACCAAAGGAUUACACAUUGAAUACAUUGAGGAAAUCUUGAAUUUCGAUAGAACAGAAGGUGAAAUAUUAGAAAACGAAUGCGAAAUUUUGAGACAAGAAGCGGAGGCUAAAGUAGUUCUCAUAAAUGAAAAAAAGACAAAAAAUGACAUGUUAUGUGAAACUCUUCAACAAAUGGAAAUCGAUAUAAAAGAAUUCAAAGAAGAUAACCUUGAAGAUAAAAUUAAGAAUGAAAUCUCCGAGUUACAAUCAGAAUUCAAAAUUAGAGUUAUGAAAAUUGAAGAGAUGAAGGAGAUUAUUUCGUCACAGCAAAAAAUAAUUGCUAACCAAAAGUACUCGUUGAAAGAUAAACAGGAACUCCUGAAAAAAAUUGAAGAGAAGAAAUACUCUUUGUCGUUGAAAAAGGAAGAGUUGGAAAAUAUAUAUAAGUUGAAGGAUGAUUACGAUUACCAACAAACCAACUAUAGGAGAAAGAUCGAAACUGAAAUCCACAAAAUAAACGGCAGGCUUUUACAACUCCCUCUGGGAAAUUUUGUGGAUGACGCCAAAAAAAUUCGUUUACCAGAUCGUGGAAUGCACAAACCGAAAUUCAUAGAGGAGAUAGAAGAAAAGAAGCAAUUAUUAGAGAAUAUUUCUGAGAAGAUCAGUAGUGAGUUUCAAGAAACACAAGUAGUUUUAUCCCGGAAAACUAAUUCAUUGAACAAAUUAUGUUCAGAGGUCAAUAAACAGAACAAAGAGAACGAUUUGUUGAAGAAAGAAAUAGAGCAGAUAAGUGUAGAAAAAAGUAGAGUAUUAUUUGAAUUUGAUGUUCAACAAAAACAACAUGAAAAUAAAACAAUACAGUUGAUACAAAAUGCGCCCGAUAUUGAGUCUAUCAAAAAUAAAAAAGAAGAAUUACAGAAAGAGGUUUUAGUUUUGAGAGAAAAAUUAACCCAAAUCGGUGACGAGUGUAUGGAGAUAUGCAAAAAAAUACACGAAGAAACAAGGGAAAAGGCAAUUCAAAUGAGGGCUAUUAUGGCUGAUCUGACAGAGAAAGCAGCAAAAGCUUGCCAAAGUAAAGUACAAAAAGAAACAGAAAUUGCCGAUAUGUUGAGUGAGAAUGUGAGUGAUUAAGAAAUAUUUUGUAAUCUUGUUGUUAUUGUAUUAAAUAAUUUUUUGUUAUUA